UAACGGCGGCGUCGUGCAAAAGUCGUCGAUUCGUAAGCUCCCUAUUAAUCUACCAAAACGUGGCCCGUAUGAUUUAUCGAACACUUCGAGUCAUUCACGAGUAUAAAAUUUGAAUACGGAAAAACAGGCCGGAUUCCUCUAGAAUAUUCCAGGUGUAUUUCGAGUCAGCCGCAAUCGAAUACGUCAGAACAUUGCGGCAUACGCGGCGUGCGCCGAUCCGUAUUCGAGCGAAUUCGGGCCCGAAUAUUUGGCUUUUCGAGCAUAAAGGGAAUAAGCCGGGGCACACUGAAGAUAACACAGUUGUCGUGAUAAAAUAAAUGUAGAACUCUCGCGAAAUGCUUCGGUGAAGGAAAACAAAUCCAUAAACAAGCCAAUAAGGGGUCUGAAGAGAUAUGACGACACAAUAUCUAUUGUCAGCAUUUCUCAGAUGUGUCAGCCGGCAUUUCUCAGAUGUGUCUUGUCUGAACCUUGGAUCUCGAUUAAACUCUAGUUUUAACGCCGCCGGAUUGGGAGAAGGAUAUGCAGAGGAGACUUGUCUAAGGAUUUCUAGCUCCCUUUAUUCAGCUGGCGGUUGGAGUUCGAUCCGACGGCAUUUGUCAUGAGGUGUAAACUUUGGACGAGACGACUGGCGUACACGUACGCAGUGUUUAUUUUAACAUUUGCUACUUCUUUGAUGCUGAUGGUCUACGUGCAUACCUCAGCCAGACCUAGGCUACGAAGCGAGAGCAGAAUUCCUGAUGAUUCCAUUCCGUUGGUAGAUUUUAAAGAUUUAGGAAGUCGCAAGCCACGAGUGUUGCUAUUGGUUACUGCUGGCAGUGCGCCGCAAAGGUAUGACAGAAGACAGGCUAUAAGAGAUACGUGGUGGAAGCACUGUGACGACAGUCGGGUCAAAUGCGUGUUUGUUACAGAUGGUAUCAUUCAGAAUGCCACUCAACGUGUUCGCGUGAUCCAAGAAAGAAACCAAUACAAGGAUCUGGAGUUUCUGCCGGUGGCCGGGGGUUUGGUAUUCGGGCAACGUUUUCUACAUCAGAUCGAAUGGGCAAAGGCUAAAUUUGAUUUCCAGUAUCUUCUUAAGAUCGUUGAUGAUUAUUUCUUGUGUUUAAAGAGACUUUUAUCGGAGUUACCCACGCGACCGAAAAACGGACUAGUCUGGGCGAAUUUCCACUGCCAGGCAGGAAUCGCUUGGGCGGAUGAAGCAUUCGUUAUUUUCUCAAGAGAUAUAAUCCAUAAAUUCCUCGCACAAGAUAAGAACAAGACGUUGUGCCAUCCUUUUGGCGAUCAAACUUAUCACCUAUGGCUUAAUAACAUGCACAAGACGUAUUUCCAUGACUCGAGGCUGCAUCACAAUCCACCAGCGUCCUUUUUGCUAUUUUUUGAAAAUAAGACAAACGUGUGCGACGCGUAUAUUGGAACACACGGUACAUACGAGAGGAAAAUGAGAGAAUUUGACCUUACUGCCAACGAUGGUGCAAAAGAUCUAGCCUCGCUGACUCUACCUCCCUUUUCAAAGUUUUGCGCGACUACGAGAUUUAACCAUCGUGUGUUUGCUGCAGGGUACAACUUUGAACCUAAGCCUUGCGUAGAAAAUCCCACUUGGUUUAAUUCAACAGGGAUGUAUAUUUACGGCCGUGAAAAACAGGGAUGAGGAAGACGGAAGUAAAGGAAGGGGCAAGAUUCUAUGGGGGCUGUGGAAAGAGAAUUGCGUAAUUAAAGGGCCCUAGUCAGCCACACCUUUGUUUUUGUUCA